UUCAGACUUUUGAAAGACUACGAUAAUGCCGAUGCUGAAUUGGUAAUAUAUGCUGCUUCGCUUAUCAAUAAAACCCUAGAGGGUUUAAAUGAUCAAGAUAGUUUUUACGAUGAAAGUGAUUUAUUGGAACAGCAAGGUAUGGAAUCUGUGAUACAACAUUAUAUGUCCAAACCGGGAACGGAUAUGGAUCUAUUAAAUCAAUUGCAACUUUAUGAAGCAGUAUUGAAAUUUGAAGACGGUGAAUCGGAUGGUACCCGACUGCCCGACAACACUUUACGUAAGACUCAACGUUUUCGCAGUUCUACCGAUACGGCUGAACGUCGAAAAUCAAGACGUCAUAGCACGGGCACUAGUCCUGGUAAUAUAAAUAAAGUCCUACCCACUCAUAUGCGCUUAACACCCACCCAACCGGCCUUGGAUGAGGAUAGUUCGAGUUCAACGAAUUCGGCGGAAUUUAGUGGUGGGGUUUUUGCGGAAAAGAAACCCCGUGAUGGUGCUGGUGUUACACCUGGUCUCAGACGUCGUCGUGAACGAGCCGAGAGACAUCGUAGUUUCCUUAAAGAGCAACAGGAAGCUGCUGCAGCGGUGGCUGCUAAUGGUUAUAUGAAUUCGGCCGAUAAAAGAGAAGAUAUGGGACAACUUGUUACCGCCAUACCAGUGACAUUGAAUGGCGACAGUCCGCCAGAAUCAUUAAAUAUCAUAAAUGAGAAUAAUUGCAAUUACAAUAAUAACAACAAUCAUAUCACCAAUACCAACAACCACAAUAAUAAUAAUAAUUUCAAACAUUCUUAUCAAAUCAAUAGUAAUAAUAAUAAUAACAAUACAAUCAAUCAUUCUAAUGUUAAUGCCAAUUUAAAUGUCAUUGUCAAUGCAACUGCCAAUGCAAAUGCUACUAACAAUAACAAUGCUCUUAUAACCAACAAUCACAACAACCACCACAUCAUUACCAAUUCCAAUACUACAACACACAACAACAAUCACAUCAAUCUAUUGAGUCCAACGAAACAAUUAUUGGGUACCAAUACCAUUUCAAUUAUCAACAAUUCCUUUGAUAAAUCCAAUACAAAUAAAUUGCAACAUCAUCAACACCACCUCAACCACCAUGUUAAUGCUACCGCAGCUACAUCACCAGCGGCGGAAUUUUACAAUAAGAAAAAUCUAUUCAUGGAACGUAAUGCCACUGUCAUCAAUGGCCUCAUGAAGAAUAUUCAACGUCACAAUGUCACCGCAGAGACAAAUAAUCUGGAGGGAGUUGCAGUCGUUAAUGGAACGAAUCUUCAUGCCAAUCACUGUGAUAAUGUUGUAAAUUAUAAGAAAUUUGAAAAUGAUGCGAAUCGUUUGAACACCUACUACAAUCAAAUCAACAAUAGUACACCAAAGAAUCAACUACAACACCAACAAUCUAUACAGUCACCCACCACCACGACCACCUCGCCUAUAAAACACAAUUUAUCCUCUCUAAAUUCAAGUCCAAAGAAAACUUUAAAUUCUACCACAACUUCUACAGCAAUGACUAAUCCUACUUUAGCAUCUGGUUUUGAUUAUAUACCUCAAACCUCUACACCCCAUACUACGCCUGUGAAAGCCUCAGCAACAACAACAACAAUGGAGGAUAAUAUAACAACAGCAACAACAUAUAGUAACCCUUCAACACCACGACAGCGCGUUAUGUCACCUACAGUUUCAUAUCCUGUACAAAAUGCUUACAAUAACACAAUAACGACCACAACAUCAGUGGCACCACCGCCUCCACCUCCGCCACCUCCACCACCAGAUUUAUGGGGUUAUGCUAAUAAUAUGCGAAUGCCUCCACCGCCUCCACCUCCACCACCACCACCACCUUAUUUUUACCACCAACACAGCAACAAUAUGAGCUACAAUCAAAAUACAACUACUAAUAAUAUAAUUCCAAAUUCCAAUCAAGCCAAUAACGCGGUAAAUACUACUAAUAAUAAUCUUAACAGCAACAGUGAUCAACCUGUUGAUCUAUUACAAAUUAAUGAAUCCGAUAAUGAGGAUAAAAAACUGUUACUACAACUAAAACGUGAUCACACUGUUAAAGAUUUAACCCAGAAACUAUGUAAUUUACCCACAAGUCCUACACAGGAUGAUAAAUUACAAAACCGUAUUGUUGGCGAUAUGUCGGGCUUAAUAUCGAAAGCGAAAGAGGGUCUGGCAAAGAGUAAAAGUAAAGGCGAAAUGUCAAGAUCCUCUAGUGUCGAUCAGGAAAUCAAAAAACCCGAACCGAAAAAAUCCGAAAACGAUCUACAAUGGGAAGAAUUGGUACGCAACAUUUCAAGACCACUCAAUUUGUGUGAUCUCGACUUUACCGAUUUGAACUCGGAAGACGAAAAGGAUAUAUUAGCUCCUAGAGGCUUUGGCAGAGGCAUACCACCACCGCCUCCCCCAAUAGGAGGUGUGGCGCUACCACCACCCAUGAUGCCUACACAUUUAGUGUGUCCACCACCCAUGAAUCAUCCCAUGUCCAUGUCAAAUACUAGUAAUGGUAGUGGUGCUCUUAUACCACCACCCAUGUUUAGUUAUAGUGGUUAUGGUAAUGCCAGUCUAACGAAUAGUUUUAAUAGUUCCAUGAAUGGUUCGAUAAAUGGUGAUAUGAGUAGUAUGAAUACGAUUAAGAAAAAUAAGAAAACGGUCAAACUCUUUUGGAAAGAGGUUAGAGAAGAUCUAAUACCCGUAUCUGUGGGUAAAACUAUUUGGGAUGAAUUACCGGCCGCCAAUGUUGAUACACAAAAAUUAGAACAUUUGUUCGAGUCCCGAGCCAAAGAUUUAAUGACAAAGAAACAACAAGAAAUGAAUAAAAGCAAAGAAGUCAUUGUACUAGAUCAUAAACGAUCGAAUGCUAUUAAUAUUGCAAUGACAAAAUUGCCACCACCGCGAGCCAUUAAGGCGGCUAUUUUGAAAAUGGAUGCUACUGUGGUGACCCGAGAGGGUAUCGACAAGUUGUUGAAUAUGUUACCCACUGACGAGGAGAAGGGUAAAAUACAAGAAGCUCAGAUGGCUAAUCCAGAAUUGCCUUUGGGCAGUGCUGAACAAUUCUUAUUAACUUUGGCCUCAAUCUCCGAAUUGGCAGCUAGGUUAAGAUUAUGGGCAUUCCGUUUAGAUUUUGAUAAUAGUGAGAAAGAAAUUGCUGAACCUUUAAUGGACCUAAAACAGGGCAUUGAAAUUCUUAAAAAUAAUCGUACAUUCAAAUGUAUUUUGUCCACUUUGCUAUCGGUGGGCAUAUUUUUAAAUGGUGCUCCCGUUAAAGGCUUCCAAAUUGAAUACUUAUCAAAGGUUCCCGAGGUUAAAGAUACCGUGCAUAAACAUUCACUACUACAUCAUCUGUGUCACAUGGUCAUGGAGUCCGGUAAUGAAACUACCGAUUUAUAUUCCGAAAUUGGUCCCAUUACCAGAGCCUCAAAAGCAGAUUUUAAUGAUUUGGCUCAUAAUCUAUCUCAAUUGGAACAUGAAUGCAAAGCUUCUUGGGAUCGUUUGAAGUUAAUAGCUAAACACGAUUGUCCACCUCAGUUGAAACAGAAAUUGGUAGACUUUUUGGCUGAUUGUGCUGAGAGAAUUAUUAUUCUACAAGUUGUUCACCGCAGAAUUAUGAAUAGAUACCGCAAAUUUUUAUUGUGGUUGGGCGUGCCUCAACAUAGUGUAGCCGAUUCUAGACCUAAUGAAUUCUGUCGCAUUGUUUCCGAAUUUGCUUUGGAAUAUCGCACCACUAGGGAAAGAGUUCAACAGCAAAUCGAAAAGAAAGCCAAUCAUAGAGAAAGAAAUAAGACUAGAGGCAAAUUGAUUGUUGAUAUUGCCAAAUUUAAAACCAAAGAAGAUAAACAAGAUGCUGAAUUAAAAUCCCUUUUGGGCACACCCAAUGCCGAUACACCCGAUGGUACUUUAACCUGGCGACGUCGACGUGCCGAAAAUUUACGUUCACCCGUUUUGCGACAAAGCGAAGAGAAUUUCACCGAUGGUGAUGAUGAAAUCUUAGAGUCUUUAGUUAAAACCGCCACCAAAGCCCCCGGCACUAGAACAACACCCAGAGAACGUAAACGUACUCGUCAUGCUGAUAGAAAAUCAUUGCGUCGUACUCUUAAGAACGGUUUAACCGAAGAAGAAAAACUACAAGUAGCAGCUUUAAUAAAAACCUAUUAAGAAUUUUUAAAACAAAUUGACUGAUUUUUAAAAGAUUUUGCUAAAUAUUUAUUAAAACAACUGAUGCUAAAAUCAACAGCAGACUGAAUACGGAAAAAUUUUGAAAAUCAAAGUUGGAAAAAAUAAGCUAACCACAAUUUAAAGACGAUCUCAAGCAAAAAAGGAUUUAUAUAAAUGGUUUCAAAACUAUAAACAAAAGGUGGAUACAGGAAUUGAAAAGAAGAAAAAACAAUAACCAGUUUGAAAAUAAACUAGAAAAAAUACGAUAAAAAUGUAAAACUUU